ACCACCAUCUCUGUUUCAACUUCCAAAGCCGCUCUCCUCUUUCUUCUUCUUCUUCUUCUUCUUCUUCUCUCACUCCCAAGAUUUCGUUUCAGAUAUGAACGAAGGGAAUGAUCCCGACGCGAAUUACCGUCGUUGUGCUUAUUGCCAAGACUUCCGAAUUACAUGCUCCCAAGGAUGUUUGCUGGCCCCAUAUUUCCCUCACCAUAUGAAGCCUGCAUUCAAGAAUGUCAGAGACGUGUUCGGGUUGGGUACAAUCUGCAAGAACCUGCGUCCCCUGGAUUAUCACCACAGAAACAUCUUCAUGAAGAACCUCAUCAACGAGGCCAAUCUCCGCACGGUGAACCCAGUCAGAGGUUGCUUUGGUCAUGUGAUGAAGUGCGUGACUGACGUACAAAGGUUGGACCGUAAGCUUGAAAUCCAAGCGGCAGAGAUCAACUGCUUGCGGCAGAAUCUUGCAGUAUAUGAAGCAGUGAUCUUUCCUCCUGGGCCGAUAUAUCAACCAUGGGGCAACAUUGUUCAAGCAUCUCAUCCACAACAGAUUGGCUCUGGUGCUCAGAGACCGUAUCAAGGACAGAUUGGCUACUUGGGUCAAGAACAUGGUCAGGCAUCCACUAGUCAUCAACAGCAUCAUCGAAGGACUAGACCAAGAUUGGGUCAAGAACGUGGUCAGGCAUCCACUAGUCAUCAACAGCAUCAUCGAAUGACUGGACCCAGAUUGGGUCAAGAAUCUGGUCAGCCAGGUCAGGCAUCCACUAGUCUUCAACAGCUUCAUCGAAGGACUAACCAAGGAUUGGGUCAAGAAGAGCAGUACCGGAAUCCUGGACGGGUUGCCAACCCUGGUCAAGAAUCUGGUGAGGCCUCCAGUAUUCAUCAAAGAUUGGUUGACGAAGAUAACUACCAGGAGUUUGGAUAUGUAAUAGGACCUCAAGUAUUUCCUCAGGGGCAGAUGAAUCAACAAGGGGGCAACAUGGUUCAAAGAAAUUUACAGGCACCCACUAAUCAGCAGCAGCCUUCUCAACAACCCAAUCAAGAACAGGGCAACAUGAAUCGAUUUCAGUGAUGAAGUUGUUCUGCCGGAAAAUGAUGUUCUCUAGUCUCGAUGGUGAGCAGAAGUGCAGUGACGUAGUAGGCAGGACUUCACAGUUCAUUUCUCUUUGGUAAUUGCAAAGUAGAUAGAUGAGGUCUCAUUUGGGUACAGUUACAAUUUCGGGUGAGCAGAAGUGCAGUGAUAUAGUAGGCAAGCCUUCACAGUUCAUUUCUCUUUGGUAGUUGCAAGAAUAGAUAGAUGAGCUUCACAGUUCAUUUCUCUUUGGUAGUUGCAAGAAUAGAUAGAUGAGGUCUCAUUUGGGCACUGUUAGUUUGAUUGCCAUAUAAGCUAGCUUUUUACACAUGAAAUAGAGCACAAGACAGAAAGAAACGAGUAUAGAUGGUGCGGGCAACUUCUUAGACUCAUAUAUAGUUGAUUUGUGAAGAAAUAGCAAGCUUGUGAGUUGUGGCUAUGCUUGCUAAUUCCAGUUAUGUUGUGUGAAUGAGUUGUAAAAAAACCAGUAUCAAGCCUGUGACUAUCUAGAGAUACAAUGUAGAAACUGUUUGAUCUCUAUAGAGUUGUUGA